CUCUCCCUUUCAUCCCCCAAUUCUCACCUUAAUUAACAUUCUUCGCCAUUCCUUUCUUCCCCCGACUCUCUCUUUCCCUCUCUCUCUAGUUUUCUCUUUCUCUGCAUUCAUUUCUCUUUCUCUCUAUCUCUAUCUCUCAGCUUCAUUUUCUCGACUAUGCAUGCUCUUCAAGAAGCCGAGUGUUCUCUUUUGUAAUCUCUGUCUCGCGCUUCCUCUCUCUCUCUCUCUCUGUAUAUAUAUAUAUAUAUAUAUAUAUAAAUGCUUAUAUUCACUCCAGUGAGCGUGUAUAUGUAUCUUCUUCUCUUUAGGUUUCAGUUUUAUCGUGCUUGUUCGAAUGUGUAGAGUUUGGAUUUUGAAGAAAGGUAUGAAAUGCUGAUUUUGUUCUUGCGAUUUUUCAAAGCACUUGAGCUCGAUUUCAGAUCUGUAGCUAUCGAAUUUGAAUUUGAAGGGACAUUAUGAGUCGUUCGGGGUAUUAAAAGUUGUGUUCUGAGUUUUUCGAUGAAAAGCUAGGGGUUGGAAUUCGAAAAAAUCGGUGGUUUUGUUGUUUUCUGUGGCUGUGGUGUUCAAUUUGGUCAUAAACUGCUUUCUUGGAGCUAUUCAUUUUGGUACAGACGGAGUCCCGAGGGUGCAUUUGGUUGUGAAAGGUUGUGUUUGGAGUAUUAAAUGAAACGCUAGGGUUUUUGUUGGAGAUUUGGUGGUUUUGCUGAUUUGUGUGGUGGUGGACUUUGGAUUUGGUGAUGAAUUUUAGUUUUGGGGUUCAUAGAGCAUAGAUUUGGCAAUGAACAGGAGUUUUAGGGCUCAGGAGACCGGAAUGCGAGCGGCUUUGAAGCAGCAGAGGCAGCCGCAAAUAGGGAGUCUGAGGACCUCGGUGAUGAAGGAGAAGGAAGAGGAGCUCUCAUUGUUUCUUGAGAUGCGUAAACGCGAGAAGGAACGGGACAAUCUUCUUUUUCAGAACUCAGAGGAGUUUGAUGUUCCACUUGGAGCAGACCAGGGGAGUUAUCCUAUAUUCAAUAUCCCAUUGGCCACACCUGCACGCAAGGCCGGCGCUGAUGAUUUUAUGAAUUCUGAGAAUGAUAAGAAUGAUUAUGACUGGCUUCUAACCCCUCCUGGUACCCCUCUUUUUCCUUCACUGGAGAUGGAAUCACGUAAGAUCGUGGUGAGUCAGAUUGGUACUCCUAAAGCUUGCCCCACUGCACUGAAGUCUAGACUAGCGAAUCCCCAGCCUGAGCCUGCAACAAGAAGCAAUUCAGCAUCUAGACUGCCAGCUUCCUCUCCUGGGUUGAAUACUUCGAGUACAGGAAUUCGCAGGCCAUCUUCAUUGGGGGGUCCAGGAUCAAGACCUGCUACACCAACUGGGCGCCCCACUUUGACUGCAACAUCUAAAUCCACAUCGACCUUAGUAUCUAAACCCACAAUGAUUACAACAUCUAAACCCACAAUGACAGCUGCAUUUAAGCCCACAAUUGCCGUUGCAUCUAAAUCUUCUAGGUCUUCAACACCUACUCCACGUGGCACUUUGCCAGCAAAUAAAACCACAGUUCCUGCAAGAUCCUCUACGCCUACGGCGAGGUCUACUGUAAGAUCUUCCACACCAACGGCUAGACCCUCUAUACCUGCAUCCAAGUCCACAUCUAGGGCAGCGACACCAACUCGUAGGCCCACUACAGUUUUACCUGCAACAAAUGCAUCUGCUCCUCCUGUUAAGUCUCCUUUGGUUACCAAGACAGUUCCCACUACAGCAAGAAAUUCGGUGCCACCACGUGCUAGUUCUCCAACAGUGAAACCCCGAUCAUGGAAGCCUUCUGAAAUGCCUGGUUACUCCCUUGAUGCACCACCAAAUUUAAGGACCACACUUCCUGACAGGCCACUUUCAGCCACUAGGGGAAGGCCUGGAGCUCCCAGUGUUCGGUCCUCUUCUGUUGAACCUGUUUCUAAAGGACGGGUUAGACGGCAAUCAUGCUCCCCGUCAAGAGGCAGACCCCCUAAUGGCAUUAUUUCUAGCAGUGGAAGCUCUGUUCCUGCAUUGAAUCGUGCAUAUGCUAAAGCUAAUGACAAUGUGAGCCCUGUUGUGAUUGGAAACAAGAUGGUAGAAAGGGUAAUAAAUAUGCGGAAACUGGCACCACCAAAGCUAGAUGAGAAACACUCUCCCCAUAGUGAUUUAUCUGCAAAGUCUUCAUCCCCAGACAGCUCAGGCUUUGGAAGAACCCUCUCAAAGAAAUCUUUGGAUAUGGCUAUAAGGCACAUGGAUAUAAGGCGAACCAUUCCAAGCAAUCUACGGCCAUUGAUGACCAACAUUCCAGCAUCCUCUAUGUAUAGCGUUAGAUCGGGUCCUACAAAAAACCGGACAGUCAGUGUUUCAGAUUCCCCUCUUGCAACUAGCAGUGAUGCUAGUUCUGAAGUGAGUGUAAACAACAAUGCCCUUUGUGUGGACAGAAGCGAAGUAGAUGAUGAUAUCAAUAGCGAUAAAGGUUUUCGGUCUUCAGCUAGUGUUCGAGACAGGUGAUGAUUGAUUUCCACUGUUGUAAGUCAUAACCUACUUUUCUAAUCCACGUAUUUUCAUUUUGAAUCUCGACCAGGAUGGCAGUUGAUAGGUGAUUGGUUUUCAUGAUGAACCGGUAAGAUAUGUGGCAUAUAUGAUUUAUGUAAAGUUAAAUGGAUUGGUUAGCUGUAUUAUUGGAUCCUGUGUAUCAUUAGAGGUUCGAUCAUAUGCUGAACAUCCUCUGGGCUAAUCCUGUGGGAUUAGGUUAUACCUAACAAGUUUGUUUAACCCCUUUUAUGAUGAGAUCAACUCUCCUCCUCUCCUCUCCUCUCCUCUUCUGAUUUGAUUAAUUGGAUCCCAAGUCUUUUGGAUGAAUUCUGAAUUGAUCCCAUUGAAUCUUAACCUGGUCUGCAUGAGUAUGGAAUUUCAGGUGACAGGGUAUUUCUGGAUCCAAGCCGUAAGAAGCAGGACCACAUAUCCAGAGUCUGCUUUGAUGUCUACUUUUCGGUUCUGCAUAGAAUCAAAAGGCCAACUGGACAUCGUUACAAAUUCACACAAGGGCACCGGCAUUUUUGUGCUUUUAGUUAAAAUUACGAGGCCAUUGUUUAAGAAACACGAAAAGAAUAUGUACCCUUAAACUGGGUUUUGAGAAAGAGAGAUGUAAAUGAUAAACAAUCUUUAUCGGUUGAAGGCUUCUUAUCCUGGUCCUUCUUCCCUCUCUUUUCUAUAGC